AGAUUUGCUGGCAUUUUUUGUAGUCAAAUUUUUUGUCUUUUAUGUUUUGCUAUUUUCUUUAUUUCAUCGCUUUUCCUCCUCCUCCAUCUCCUCAUUGUCGUCAUCGUCGCCGUCGUCUUCGUUAUCGUCGUCAUAGUCCUCGUCGUGAUUGUAGUUGUUGAAAUUGUCGUUGUCUUCAUCAUCGUUAUCAUCAUCGUCAUGAUCAUCAUCUUUUUCACCUUUAUCGUCUUCAUCUUCACCUUCAUCCUCGUCCUCAUCGCCAUCUUCAUUUUCGUCGUCAUUCCUAGCAUCAUCUUCGCCACCUAUAUAACAGUAAUUUUCAUGUUGGUCAAGCAACAAGGAUCUGCGUUCUACGGUGCUUUGAACAAUAUGAUUAAUGAGAGGUACAGUGACUUUGUAUUCCUAAAAGCUAAUAGAUGUUUUUUUACCUGUAGCUUUAUACGUUUUUUUUUGCUUAUCAUUCUGUUACUUCUCUGUUUUAUAUUUUUAUUUCUUUUUAUUUACAUAUCUUCUUUUACUUCUGUCUAUUUUUUUCCUUGA